AGUAUCUCCCAUUAAAAAAGCACAAAGAGAAACGAAAUGAGUCCCAGCAUCACGACUGAGGCCAACCAGCCUCUCCCUGCCAGGUCCACCGUGGCCCAGAGAAAACAAGCCAACGAACUGAGAAAGACUCUCAAACCCUUGCUGGAGAAAAGAAGACGUGCCCGUAUCAAUGACAGUCUCAGUCAUUUGAAAAGCCUGAUUUUGCCUCUUAUUGGCAAAGACAACGCACGCUACUCCAAGCUGGAGAAAGCUGAUAUUCUGGAAAUGACCGUCAGGUUCCUUAGAGACCUUCCUUCCACUCCAGUCAAAGAUUCCGCAGACAGUUACAGAGAAGGCUUCAAAGCCUGCCUCCAGCGCGUCUCCGCUCUGCUUCCCAAAACGAGCCUGGACCAAGACGCGUGCCAGCGCGUCAACGACUUCGUUCAGCAAUCCAUGUCCGCCACCGUCACCCCAACCUGCCGCAACUGCUGCGCCCAGAGCUCCAGGACUUUCCCUCAGAUCCAGCAGAGACUCCUGAGCCUGAAAUCCAGCUUCAGCUCCAGACCUGAGAGCCAGUCCCGCGGCAGCAGCGGCGCAGGGGCUCCCAGCCCAGCGCAGCCAGGCCCGCAGCCUGUCAGCGCUGCCAUGUGGAGACCUUGGUAGAUUAGAUGAUGGACUUUUAUUUCAUGUGUUAUUUAUUUUGUGAUGUUAUUUAGCUAGUUGUAUUCCAAUAGCUGUAGUCUUGAAGAUUUAAGAAGAGGAAUUGCUGUAUAAUAAUUUAAUUCAGCAUUUGGCUGAUUUUGCGUUUAAUGCCAGAGCGCACAAGAGCACAGAUCUCAAAGAAACUGUAAAGUCAAUGAACUUUGUGAAAUGUAAUCCUCUUUGGGGUGUCAAAGAAAUGGGUUGUAGACAACACUUUUGUAAACCCCAAGGGUUAUUUUGUUUGAGGUUUGCACGAUGGACUUAAAAGUAUUUUGGUCUGUGCAACAGAAUCGUCUGUAAACACUAUGUGUUAAUAUUAUUAUUGAUGGCAUGUAAGAGAACAACAUGUUUUGUCAUUAACAAAAGGUU